CAUUAUUUCUCUCUGAUCAUGUUCUCUGUCUUGGCCGUUACCUUCACUCUCUCUCUGCGUUUCUUCCCGCCGGUUACUUUAACGGAGAACCGUACAACACCGUUUCAGGCGUUGCCAUAUCUAGUCACAGCCUGAAAGGCAACAAUACACAAUUAAUCAUCCUUAAUGCGUGAAUUAGAAAACCCAGAAAAAUUACAAAAGAGGAAGUGAGAGGAAGUUGCAAAGUUGUGUGUGUGUGUGUGUGUGUGUGUGUGUAGAAGUUGCAAAGUUGGUGCCUUUUUUGGGGUUGAAGAAGAAGAAGAAGAAGAAGAAGAAGGAGAAAUGGAUAUAACAGAGGUGUCAAUAAUUCACCAUGUGGGGAUUGUGUUAUGUAUGCUGUGGUUGCUCUCCCACUACAAUUACUGCCACCCAGUUGCCUACUUUUUAUCUCUCAUUUAUCUUUACCUGGUUCAUGAUAGGUACAUUACGAGAUUGCGGAAGAAAUUACAGUUCGAGGAAAGAAAACAGGCUAAUCAGAGACGGGUGCUUUCUGAUUCUGAGACGGUGCUGUGGUUGAACCACACAAUUGAAAAGAUAUGGCCUAUAUGUAUGGAACAGAUUGCUUCACAGAAGAUCCUUAUCCCCAUCAUACCUUGGUUUCUGGAGAAGUACAAGCCAUGGACUGCCAAGCAAGCAGUAGUUCAGCACCUUUACUUGGGAAGAAAUGCACCUAUACUCACAGAUAUGAGAGUGGUUCGCCAGUCUACUGAUGAUGAUCACCUGGUUCUGGAGUUGGGAUUGAAUUUUCUUACAGCUGAUGAUAUGAUCGCAAUACUUGCUGUGAAGUUAAGGAAAAGACUAGGUUUUGGGAUGUGGGCAAAGUUGAAUAUUACAGGCAUGCAUGUUGAAGGAAAGGUCUUGAUUGGAGUGAAGUUUCUUCGCAGGUGGCCAUUUCUUGGCCGCGUGCGGCUAUGCUUCGUUGACCCUCCAUAUUUUCAGAUGACUGUUAAACCUAUUUUCACUCAUGGACUUGACGUUACAGUACUCCCUGGGAUUGCUGGAUGGCUGGAGAAGCUUCUGUCAAUUGCCUUUGAGCAGACACUUGUUGAGCCUAAUAUGCUGGUUGUUGACAUGGAGAAAUUUGUUUCCCCAAAGCAAGAAAGUUGGUUCUCUGUGAAUGAGAAGGAGCCUCUUGCUCUUGCCAAAGUAGAAGUUAUUGAAGCAUCUGACGUGAAAGCCGCCGAUUUAAAUGGAUUUUCUGACCCUUAUGUUAAGGGUCAAUUGGGCCUUUACCGGUUCAAGACUAAGAUACAAAAGAAAACACUGUCUCAAUGGCAUGAGGAGUUCAAGAUCCCCAUUAUUACAUGGGAUUCACCUAAUGUGCUUGCUAUUGAACUUUGUGACAAGGACCGAUUCGUUGAUGAUGCCCUUGGUGACUGCUCGAUUAACAUUGGUGAUCUUAGAGACGGCCAGAGACAUGACAUGUGGGUGCCUCUUCAGAAUAUUAAAACCGGGAGGCUGCAUCUUGCAAUAACUGUUCUUGAAGACAAUGUGAAGGGACCCGAGCAGUCAGAAGUUCAGGAAACGGUAGAUUUGGAAGAUAAAAGAAAUUCAUUUGCCAGUGAUGCUAAUCAAAGUUCCUUCUCAUCUAUAUCAUCCGAGAAGUCUAACAGGUUGGCAGAUAACUUUGAGCCGAUUGACGUUGAAGGGCAAAAAGAGACUGGUAUAUGGGUCCAUCAUCCAGGAAGUAAAGUUUUACAAACUUGGGAAAGUAGAAAAGGAAGGAGCCGACUCCUUGAUACCGAGAUUCUAAAUGAUACUAACAGCCGUAAUUCAGUCACAUCUGGCUCCCAAAACAAUGACGAUGGAGGCACGGAUAAAAAUCCUGACGAGAAACGGCACAUGAAAGGAGUUCGCAAGGGACUAAAUAAGUUAUGUUCGAUGCUCCACAGGAGUUCCAAGAAGGAGCCGAGUACAAGCAGCUUUAAAGAGACCGCUCGUUCUCAAAGUAUUAAUCUUAGAGGAGUUCAUGACAAUGAAAGUGGGGUGAAAUUCAUUGUGGAAGAUGACCUUUCUAGGCCUCUUUCUUGUAAGGUUCGGGAAGAAAAGGAUUUCUGCAGGAGGGAGUGGUUCAGGUACCCCGGGAAAGGGCAAGUUGAGAGAGAUGAAAAGUUUCUUCAAGCGUAAUGAAAAAUCUGAUCGAAAAGAUUUUGCAAAGUCUCAAAGUGAUUCUUCGGUAGUGAAAGAAAGAGAAAUGUUAGAAUAUUACAACUCUUCUGAUGAUGAUCCUCUGCCCAAAUAGUUGAUAUGUUAGCAGUUAUGGUUGCAAGCGACACCGCAGUUGAUGCUGAAGGUCCAACGAUGAAGGCUGGAUUUAAAUCUUUCUUAUAUUAACAGUCCCUCGUGGCUCCGGAAGUAGGGUUCUUUACAUUCUCAUCCUUAUUUAGCUCUCUCAUGGCGGACUUGCUAACUCUGCAGUCGACAAGGUAGUGUCACAAGCUGUGAGGGGUUCCCUUUUGCGUUCGCAGGUAAGCCAUGCUAGGUUGAUUCUGUUCUUAUAUAUUGCCAAUGCUUUGUUGGUUUAUUUUCAAUCAUUUCCGGAGAAGAGGGGAAAACAGUAAUCAAGGUGAAAAGAGGAAAAGGUAAAAUAGCCGGUAGCAAUGGGGUGGAUUAGAGAACUGUUUUUCCAUCACCGGAUUCUCUUUUGGCAGUGCCAUGAUAGAGGGUGCUUGUUUGUUUGACUCGUUUGUUUUUGUUUUCUGUAAACACUAGCAUAUUACAUCGAUAUUCAUGGUCGAAACCAAUUUGUAUGUAGUUCCAUUUGUGAGAUGGUGGUUCGAUCGUGGAACCAACGUCUUUUUGUGUAGUUAUAAGUUCUUGAUUGCAA